GUGUGGACGUGGUGUGCCUGCGACCGCGGCGCAUGCUCGGACCUGACAAUGGAGAACAAUGGUGAUACAGCUGACUCUGCUAAUGCAAUAGAGAUAGCAACUGACUUGCCAGAAGAUGAGAGGCAUAGUGGCCAGCUGUCCAGGCAUGAGUUGCUGUUGGCUGCCACCUAUAUUGAGGAUGCCCGAGCUGGCUGGAAGAUGUGUCUAUAUUUUGACCCUACUCCAAGAAAUCUCAGCUACUACCUGGCUUACCGGUCGGUCUGGUUCAAGUGGCUGCUGUACAUGGUGCUGUGCGUCCACAUGGCGCUGGCGCUGUUUGAGGAGCCCACUUUGCGCAGUCUCAAGCUGAACUACCUGAUACCCGCCUGCAUCGAGCUCUGCUGCGUGGGCUUCUACGUAUACCGCUGCAUCCACCUGCUCAGUUUUACCUCGCAUGCCUGGUUCUGGAAGGACGUGAAGAACGUAGUCGUCGUGGCGGUGAUUGUGCUGAUCAUCAUCGACAUCGUGGUGUACGUGGCGCUGACCGAGACCGGCUCUCACUGCGUGAGGUGGUCGCGGCCGCUGCGUCCGCUGCUGAUGAUCAACAUGCCGGAGAGCCGCCAGGUGCGGCGAGCGUGGCGCAGCGUCAGCCGCACCCUGCCCGACGUGGUCGGCACCAUGGUGCUCUUCGUGCUCAACCUGCUGCUCUUCGCGCUCAUGGCCUACAAACUGUUUGGACAUCGGAACCUGUCGUACGCCAACGGCUCGCCGUACUUCGCCACCUACGAAGAGAGCGUGUUCGACCUGUACGUCCUGGUGACCACGGCCAACAGUCCGGACGUCAUGAUGCCAGCUCUCAACGCGUUCCCGCCCAUGUUCCUCUUCUUCGUCGUUUUCCUCCUGAUCAGCCUGUACCUGUUCAUGAACGUCAUUCUAGCAGUCAUCUACAACAGCUACAGGAAGCAUUUGAAGCGGGACGUGCAGACGGCGGUGGCGGCGCGGCGCCAGCUCAUGGCGCGCGCCUUCGCGCUGCUGGGCGGCGGCGGCGCCGUCUCCCGACACGUCUACGGCCAGGUGAUGGCCGUGCUGCGGCCGCACCACGGCCCGCAGCUGGUGGACAUCCUGUGGCGCGUGCUCGACCAGACGGGCUCCGGUCGGCUCGGUACGCUGGCCGACCUGCUGAACGUCCAGGUGACCGAGGUGAAGGACCGGGUGGUGCUGCUGGCCCGGCUCUGCCCGCGCCUCUACAACAGCCGCGCCUCGGUGCUGCUGCGGUACUGCGUCCGCCAGAGAAACGACUAG